UAGUAAUACGAGGAGCGAUAUUAACGUAGCUGCAAUCUGCCUGCCAUUCUUUGCGUGGUGGUGGUGGUGGUGGUUUAGGAGUAGUUGUUGUGAUUGUGUUUUUGUUAUGGUGGUAGUAGUUGUUAUAGUAGAAGUCGAUGUAGUGCUGCAUUGGUGUUAGGAGUAGUAGUAGUAGUAGUAGUAGUAGUAGUAGUAGCAGCAAUAAUAGUAGUAGUAGCGUUUCUUUAGUAGUAGUCGUAGAUGUAGUGAUGGAGUAGCGGAGAAGGAAGUUCUGAGAGUGGUAAAGCGACUUGGGAGAGAAGAGAAGCAACUGACUGCCUGUGUUUGCGAGUUAACCGAGUGAGAGAGAGACUUUCGCGUGACGCUUUGUCUGUGAUGAAGAUGACCAGCAGAGAGGAAAGUGCUGCUUAUUCAAUGCUGAGGAGAUGGAAAGUGUUACGACAACAAACUGAAUACUCCAUGACGAAAGUAAAACAUCCUCUUAAAAAUUAUCUUGAAAAAACACGGUCACGAAAUAAAUGUUUAAGAAUACCCAGGUUAGGUUUGUUUUUCUUUAUUAACUUUGGAAGUGAAAGUGUUAUUAUUACAGUGAAGUGAAUAUCUUCCUGUAUUAACGUGGGAAUGAGUUAUAAGUGUUACGAUUACGGUUAAGUGAAUCAUGUAUGUGCUCAAUAGAGUCCUCGCUUGAACGUUAAGUGGACGGAUAUGUGGGAGAUUAAAUGAAAGUGUUUUGAUUACAGUGAAGUGAAAUUUUCUGUAUUAGCGUCGAAAAGCGAAGAAAGUGUUGCGAUUACAGCUAAGUAAAUCAUGCGUCCACUUAAUGGGGUCCUUGCUUCCACGCUAAGAGGACGGAUGUGUUGAAAAUGCACCAGUUAGCGAGGGAGUGACUGAAGGGCGGGCGGGCUGCGGGGCGGGGCGGCGAGCCUUAGGAGUGGGACAGCCAGUCAGUCAGUUGGCCACCGCCCAAAUUGUCGUACAGUGCGCUACCAAGCUGCCGGAGAACCGAGAGAUACAAUGACUAUCAAAGGUCUGGGGAAAGAAACGGAUGCCUGAUAAUAUCCCACAUGUCACUUGUUUUCACUAGUCAGACAGUGGGGAAGUCUGUAGCGUGACAGGGGUAGUGGUGAAGACGCGCCAGUCACUACACCACGGGUCGAUAAUACCAUAACCCCAGUCACCAUUCCCUGCUGACUCGGGCUCGGCAUCGGCGGCGUGACUGCAGUGCUGCACUCGCGGGUCGCCGGUGGCACGUGCAGCGGGUGUAUGCGAGAGUGUGUCAGGCGAGGGUGUAGCCUGCGAGGUGUCAGUCAGUGGCGCGCAGAGUUAGAGCGGAGAUGGACUGGUACAGCGACUGGCCGCGGACGCUGGUGGGCCUCACGUUGGGCGCUGGCUGCCUCCUGUACUACUUCCUGGACGUUGCCAAGGUUCCCCUGGUGGCGUGCCGGCGCGGGGCGUGGCGUGGGUUUCUGGAGCAGCACCUGAGCAUUCUACAUGAGCGGUACUGGCCCACGCCGUGGUGUUAUGAGUCCCGCUGCCAGACCAUCAUGGCCUCCGUGCUGCGCGCCAGGCUGCCCCACAUCAACUACAGGAGAGAAGUGGUAAGACUGAAAGACGGGGGGCAGGUGAGUCUGGACUGGCUGGAGGCUACUGACGGAGGCGCUGGGCGAGGCACUGAGGGACCUCCCGGGCUGGUGCUGGUGCUGCCUGGCCUGACGGGGAGCUCGCAGAGUGAGUAUGUGAAGGGCGUGGUUCUGGAGCUGCAGCGGGCGGGCGUCACCUCUGCCGUGCUCAAUAACAGGGGCAUGGGUGGCCUCUCCUUGCUGACUACCAGGACGUACUGUGCCGCGAACAGUGACGACCUGGAGGAGGCACUGGACUACCUGAAGGCGACGCGGAAGGGGAGUCCUCUCUUCAUCAUCGGGAUCUCCCUGGGCGGACUCAUCACCGGAAACUACUUGGCCACGAGAGGCGAGGCUGCUGCGGACAAGGUGGCGGCAGCAGCAGUGGUCUCCGUGCCUUGGAACAUGGUGGAGGGGCUGCGAGGGAUGGAGAGGCCAAUCUGCAACCUCCUCCUUAACAAAUACCUCGCCUCCUGCCUCUGUGAGCUCGCGGACUCCUUCAGUUACCAGCUGGCGGGCGGCGACCAUGACUGGAAUCUAGAUGAUGUAGUGAAGAGCAAGACUAUGAGGGAGUUCGAUACGCGGUUCACGGCUCGUCAGUUCGGGUUUCGAGACGCGGACGACUACUACAGGUCCUCCAGCCUUCACAACCACCUAGACAGGAUUAGAGUGCCGCUGUUCUGCCUCAACGCUGCCGACGACCCAUUCCAGCCCAUGCCAAUGCUGCCAAUGGAAGCUGCGCAGAGGUCAAGUCACGUGGCGCUGGUAGUGACCUCUCGCGGCGGUCACAUUGGCUUUAUGGAGGGUCUUUUCCCCAGCCGAGCCUACUACAGUGACCGCCUCUUGACCCAGCUGGCGACCUCGAUCUUGACCAAUGGCGAGGCUAUUCAGGAGGUCAAGAAAGAGGCUAUGCAAUGGUUGACCUCCUCCUGUUAGUUUGUUAUGUUAGGUCACUUCUUUGGGCCUUAACUUGACCUAAUAUUGCUACCUGAUAUUGUUGGAAAGCCUUUUUUGUUAAAUCUCCGUCGUCUUGUUUAUUCUCCUCCUCCUCCUCCUCCUCCUCCUCCUCCUCCUCCUCCUCCUCCUCGUCCUAAGCUGUUAUGUUAGGUCAGUCCCUUAGGCCUUAAGCUGACCUAAUGUUGUUAUCUGAUAAUUGUUGGAAAAGCUGUUUUUGUUAAAUCUCUUUCUAGUCUCGUUAUUUUGUUGUUUGGUCUUGUCUCUCGUCUUGUUUUUGUUUUUUUCUCUCUGGUUCUUCUUUUCUGUCUCUUUGUCUCUUCACUUCUUUCUGGUUCUUCCUUUUUAUCUGUCUCUCUCUCUCUCUCUCUCUCUCUCUCUCUCUCUCUCUCUCUCUCUCUCUCUCUCUCUCUCUCUCUCUCUCUCUCUCUCUCUCUCUAGUUCUUUCCUUCUGUCUCUCUGUCUGUCUGUCUCUCAAAAGUUUUGUUGUUAUAAGGAGAUCCUGACGUGUUAUCCGGUCUCUAUGUAGUGUUAAGUGCUACAUUCACAUUUUGCAGUGAGUCCUGGAGUGCGGAUCGAAAUAAGGGAGAAUUUGAUAUUUUAGAAAACUAUGUUGCGAGUUCUUAAAAUAAAAAGAUUGGGAGAUUUUAAGUAGGAUUAUUUAAAAGAAGAAGAAAAAAAAAGUAAAUAUUGUGAGUUCUUAAGCUGGAAUGUUACUAGUUUUUUAAAUCAAAAUAUCGGAGAAACUGAAUUACUGCGAGUUCUAGAUUUGAAAUAUUGCCAACUUUGAAAUCGGAAUAUUGAAAAAAUAAAUAAAUAAAUAAAUAAAUAAAAAUACGCGGUCUAAAUUUAAAAUGUUGCUAGUUUUUUUUUUUCUUUUUUAAUCGAAAUUCUGAAAAAAAAACUAAACUACUGCGACUCAUAAAAAUGUUGCAAGUUAUAAAAUCGAACCAUUGUAAAUUCCAAAGUCAAGCGAAGUGCUGCAGCGGUUGAAACUGUGUUGUUGAAGUCCCAUCUACCUAAGUGAAGCAUUGCAAGUGUUUCGCUACAGAUCUCGGAGAGAAAUAGCGUUACCAGUGAUCUACGGGAAAUGAUACCGGUCUUAUGCAAGUGUGUGUGUGUGUGUGUGUGUGUGUGUGUGUGUGUGUGUGUGUUGCAGGAUCUGAGCUGGAAUGUUUGAAGGUUCUAAGUGGAGGUUUACGAAGCGUUGCAAGGCGUGGAUCAAAGAAAACGUAAAGAAGGUUGAGGUUGUUAGUUUUGUCUUUGUAAAUUAUGUAAAUAAAGAUGAAACUUAUAAA